UGUGUCGUCAGAAAACAAAGGACCCCCUGAACCCAGACCGCGGGCUAAUGUAAAACAGGAUUUAUUACAAAAGUGUUUAAAAAUAAAUAAAUACUAUAAAUACAAAUAAAAAUCUGACCGAGGAACCUCCAAACAUAUGCGGAUCCAACGCUUUGUCGCUGCUGUCUCGACGCAGAGGAGUGACGUUUUCCCUCCGAGCUGGUAAAAAAAAAAAAACAAGUAGCAGGCUAACAGCUAAUGCUGCUACAGCUGCGCAGUUUCGUUUCACAGAAAACACCGAAAACACCGAAAACACCCACACUGACAUCCACCAGCCAGACCUGUGCACUGUAGCUGUGUUUGUACCCGCACAAGUAGAGACUGGAGAGUGGCAUGGGCCGACUUUACCAAGCGGGGAUAGUUGUCUGCUGCUGACUACAAUAACCACAGAGCCACAAUGAAGAGAAGAGCCGAAGCGGCGUCGUCGCCGCUGCAGGGGACAAAGAGGCGCCGUGAUGACAGCAGCUCAGACGAAGAGUCACAGUUAUCCAGACAAGACUCUAGUCAAAAUGACUCCCUCAGUGACCAGGAGGAUGUCAGACCAGGAUUCUCCAGGCCCUCCGUAUCGUCCUUUGAUGACCAAGAGAAUGACGCCUCACAGACCUCCUCCAGUUUCUCUUUGUACAACAGUGUGUCUCAGAAACUCAUGGCCAAGAUGGGCUUCCGUGAGGGUGAAGGUCUGGGGAAGUUUGGCCAGGGACGCAAAGAGAUCGUGGAGGCCUCUACUCAGCGAGGCAGAAGAGGUCUCGGUCUCACACUGCAGGGCUUUCAGGGGGAGCUCAAUGUCGACUGGCGCGAUGAACCAGAGCCCAGUGCUGUAGAGAAGGUAGACUGGUUCCCAGAAAGCACCACAGAGACCCCGGAUGCAGAUGAGCUAAGGGACUGGAUGAGUCUGGGACAGAGAAAACUUAAGAUUGAGGAUGAGACAGAGUUUUGCACUGAAGACCUCUUACACACUCUUCUAAGGUGCAAGACUGUAUUUGAUAACCUGGAAGGCGAGGAGAUGAGGAGAGCACGGACACGCUCUAACCCUUACGAGACAAUCAGAGGAGGUAUUUUCCUCAACAGAGCAGCUAUGAAAAUGGCCAACAUUGACCACUGCUUCGACAGUAUGUUCACCAACCCAAAGGAUUCACAAGGGAAACCUCUGACAAAGGACCGCGAGGGCGAGCUUUUGUACUUCGGUGAUGUCUGUGCGGGCCCUGGAGGCUUUUCAGAGUACAUACUGUGGAGGAGACGUUGGCAUGCCAAAGGGUUUGGCAUGACAUUGAAAGGACCCUGUGACUUCAAACUGGAAGAUUUCUACGCAGCGCCGAGUGAGCUGUUCGAGCCUUACUAUGGUGAGGGAGGGGUGGAUGGGGACGGCGACAUCACUCGGCCGGAAAACAUUACUGCCUUCAGAAACUUUGUCCUGGAAAGUACAGAAAAAAGAGGGCUGCACUUCCUCAUGGCAGAUGGGGGUUUCUCUGUAGAAGGCCAGGAAAACAUCCAGGAGAUCCUGAGCAAGCAGCUAAUGCUCUGUCAGUUCCUCACGGCCCUCUCUACACUCAGGACAGGUGGUCACUUCGUCUGUAAGACGUUUGACCUCUUCACUCGCUUCAGUGUGGGUUUGGUCUACCUGCUCUACCUCUGCUUCGACAGGAUAUCUCUCUUCAAACCUGUCACCAGCAGGCCUGCCAACUCUGAGAGGUACAUAGUGUGUCGUGGUCUGAAGCCUGGUUCAGAUGCCGUCAGGGAGUACAUGUUCAGGGUCAACUUGAAACUGAACCAGCUGAGGAACACGGACACCGACGUCACGGAUGUUGUUCCCCAGAGGAUCAUUAAGGAGGACACCGACUUCUACCAGUUUAUGGUCAACUCCAAUGAGAGCCUCUGUGCAGUCCAGAUCAAGGCCUUGGCUAAGAUCCACGCCUUUGUCGUCGACCCGACCCUUUCAGAGACGAGGCAAGCAGACAUUAGGAAGGAGUGUCUGAAACUUUGGGGGGUCCCUGACAAGGCCAGAGUCACUCCUGCUUCCUCGGAUCCAAAGUCAAAAUUCUAUGAACUGGUUAAGAAUUCAGAUGUGGAGUCGUUCCAGUGUAAGCUCACACCUCUCAACUCCACCACACUCGAGAAGUUGCGUCAUAUCCUGGACCACAGGUGCAUCGUGGGAGGUGGAGAGCAGAUCUUCCUCCUAUCUCUGGGGAAGUCUCAAAUAUACACAUGGGAUGGGAAGAUGCCUGUGCGCUGGAGGAAACUGGAGAAUUUCAAGCUAGAGCUGCCAAGAGAUACACUUCUGAGUGUGGAGAUUGUCCAAGAGCUGAAGGGCGAGGGCAAAGCUCAGCGUAGAAUCAACGCAGUUCACGUAAUGGAUGCACUAAUACUGAAUGGCACUGAUGUAAGAGAUAAGCACUUCAACCAAAGGAUCCAGAUGGCUGAGAAAUUUGUGAAGGCAGUGGCCAAACCCAGCAGACCAGACAUGAACCCUAUCAGAGUGAAGGAGGUUUACAGGCUCGAGGAAAUGGACAAAAUUUUUGUCAGACUCGAGAUGAAGGUUACAAAGAGUUCAGGAGGAGUCCCACGUCUGUCCUACACCGGCAGAGAUGACCGACACUUCCUUCCCACCGGCCUGUACAUCAUUAAAACUGUAAAUGAGCCGUGGACGAUGGCAUACAGUAAAAACUCCAAGAUGAAGUUCUUCUAUAAUAAAACAACCAAACAGUCCACCUAUGAAAUGCCACCCAACUCUGCUGCUCCCUUCCAUGUUUGCCACUCUGAGCGGCUCUUCUGGGCGUGGGUGGACGGGGUGAUAGUCCAUGAUUCUCAGACACGGAUGGACCCUGAGAAACUGUCCAAAGAUUGUGUUUUGUCCUUCGUCCACCAGAACUACCAGCCCUGAAACACUCGCAGAGCCGCAGAGCUUCAGCAGCUACAACCUAGACACAGAAUGCACUACCUUAUGGAGGAUACAGAGCCUUAGAAACGGUUAUCAUACAAUGUCUUAAUUGAUAUUCAUUGUGACAGGAAAAGAGGGAUUCAUAAAAGACUGUACAGCCAAAUAAAUACAUCUACCAACAGUAUCAAUCAAGUUAAAAAUUGAUUAAUAAACUGCUUUAUAACCAUUGUUAGGGCCCUCCUGUUCCUCUAUAUUAUGUUGCUUAGAGAAAUGACUACCGGGUUGUAACUGGAGUUCUGCAGCUUAAGUGAUGAAUUGUUUGCUGCUAUUUCUAGCGGUGACAUUUGGACUGUGUAUAAGCAACGGACAUUUGACAAAUCACUCUGUCUUUCUGCCUUUUCCACUGCCCUUCGCUCUGAAUCGUAAUGAAGAAGACUCGCCUCAUAGGACAAUAUGGAGACAAAAUGCUGCUGCUGUCUCUACAUUGGAUUGCAUGUCCCUGUAGAUGAAAUUUUACAGUUCCUCGUCCAUACAAUGCUCGUGUGUGUGUGUGCAUACAUCACAAGAGAGAUGCAUCUGCCAGUUGCAAAUGUUAAACUAUGCAUCCAUAUCUGUAAACACAGACUCGCUUUGCCUUGCCUUACGCCUGCUCGUAACACUAACUGCUCCUGUCUUCAUCUCCAUAGAGACCAGAAUCUUUCGUCCCUGGUUCUCACCAACGGGCUCCUUAUUGUCAAACCUGAAAAACUGUAGCUGAAGCCUAAAUACAAACAAACGUAUCCUCACCAUCAUUUUAACAUCUAUGCCAGUUACAGAUGUAGCAGUUUUUCCCCACAAAUACCUGGACUAUCAUACUGUGUGUGUGUGUGUGUGUCAACAUUUGAUUGGUGUCCUGUUAGGUUUUAGGUUUGUUUCUACUCUGACACGUCUUUGUGAUUGUGCCUCAUUAUCGCCUGGACUUUGUGUUUAUUAAAUAUUGCAAAAUGAGUUAUUUUUUUCUUGUAAAGUUAGCCAUAAAUCCUUUUGAUGUAAAUAUUGAUAAUGUAGUAAAUAAAUUGGAAAUGCUCUUCCAAGAAAUUACUUUGAA